AUGCGUUGCGCUCGUGCUUCCUCCGCGGUUGCUCGCGAGGACAGUUGUCUGUCAGCCGACAACCAACGUAAAGUAAUUGAAUCGGCAAUUCGUGGAAGGAAGUAAUUAAUUAUUGUUCGCAGCGGACGCGGAGCUAGCUAAGAUUGAACGUGGUUUAUGCGACGCAUUCGAACGGAACGUCGGUGUUUCGACCGGGUGGUGAAACAAAUCAACUCCGUAAGCUGUACAGCAUCUUCUGUACAGCGAUCGAGAGUAUGCUGUUCAGUAUUUAUGUCUCUGUGUUUCAGAAUUCCAUAUCCCUGCGCACCUAAACCUAAUCUUCAAGAAGUCGGCAUCUAUCGGGAAACGUUGCUUGGAAUCAGGCAAAACUGUGAAACGGAGGGGCUUAAAGAUAAACGCUUCCGACAAGAAGAAGCCGUUUCAGUGUCAAAAGUGCGGUCGCGGUUUCACCUUGAAGAGAAACAAAGAUCGACAUGUGAAUUACGAAUGUGGUCACGAACCAAGAUUUCAGUGUCCUUAUUGUGGUCUUCGCAGCAAGCAAACGUCGCCGGUCUACGCUCACAUCAGGAAAAAACAUCCGGAAGAGGAAGUGUUUAUCUUCGACAUGAAGCUUUGA